AUGACGACCCAGAUUGCAUCGCUGGUUGGAAAAAGGAUUCUAGCCGAGUCGGCAAGAAACCAUUUUGGACAAGAGGAUCCAUACUUCGAAGAAGUCCCUGCCUCCCGCCUAGGACGGGCAUUCGGCAAGAAGACACAGAAGAGGCGUAAAGCGAUACCGCCAGGUUUAUCCGAUCACGACAAGAAAGUCCUAACGCAGGUCAAGAGAAGGGCAUACCAACUGGACUAUUCUCUAUUCAACUUGUGUGGGAUAAGGUUUGGAUGGGGAAGUGUGAUUGGGCUAGUCCCUUUUGCCGGAGAUGCUGCUGAUGCAGCGCUCGCCUUGAUGGUCGUGCGUUCAUGCGAGGGUAUCGAUGGAGGUCUUCCUGCACGAAUUCGCAUGAUGAUGAUGAUCAACGUGAUUAUCGACUUUUUUAUAGGGCUGGUUCCGUUCGUGGGUGACGUUGCAGAUGCCGUCUAUAAGUGCAAUACAAGGAAUGCCGUGCUCUUGGAGAAGCACCUGCGAGAAAAGGGAGCCAAAGCGCUUUCAAAGCACGGAGGGGGACCCGAUGCACCUGAAGACGCGAGUCUACCCGAUGAAUAUGAUCGAUAUCACGGAAGUGCUUCAGAGGAACCCAGGAGGCAUAAAAGUAAGAAGCACUCUAGGACUGACGGACCCGCGGUGCCUGAGCCAGCAAAACAUCCACAGAAAAACCGGUCGCAGCGAAGGUGGUUUGGCGGCGCAGCUCCGGAAGAUGACGAUCUCGAGAGAGGAGUCGUCGACAACACGCGGCCAACCAGGCGCUGA